GCGGUGACGUCACCGGGAUGCUGCGGAGUCACUGCGCUGCUCGACUGUAAACAAGAAGAAGGAGCAGAAGAACAACCGUCUCCGGUACUUUGGGCUCGCGUUAACUACCGGGAGUCGUUCCGGUAUUCUGGGUGCUUUUAGAAUACAUAUAUAUAUAUAUAUAUAUAUAUACGUAUACAUACGUCGGUUCUAUGUGAAGUAUUUAAAGACACGGUUCCGUGCUUUCGUCUCUCAGCUAGCUUUAACCGUCGUUAGCUCGUCAAAGUCCACCGGAGGGAAACAGCGUUAAUGCCCCGGGUUCACCGGGCACACCGGCCCCUCUGCACCGCGACCCUGACACCCUGAACCCUGGGCGGCGCGCCUCCUCCCACCAUGGAGGCCGGAGGGAAGGACUGCGAGGAGGAGACGCUGCAGACGGCCUUCAAGAAGCUCCGGGUGGACGCCGGCAGUCUCCCCGGAGGCGUGAGCGCGGCGGAGGCGGCGGCGCCGCGCGGCUGUCAAGACGCCAGCGGAGCGAAGCCCAAAGUCGGCCCGCCGAAGGAAAACUGGCACGGCUCCAUGAGGAAGACUUCUCGAGGGGCGUCCAGAACCCAGCGGCGCCGGCGGUCCAAGUCCCCGAUCCUCCACCCUCCCAAUUUCACCUACUGCAGCGCGGCGGCGCCGUCGACCCCGAGCGGCGGCCUGAAGCACCAGCGGCUGACGGCACCCGAGCCGCCGGAGCCCCGCCCCCCCGCCGCCGACGGGAGAGCGGCGCUCCCGGCGCCCGCCGCGGCCCAGAAGGAGCUCCCGUCCUCGGGCGGCCGCGUCCCCCCUCUGGUGUUUGGCUCUCGCGCCGCGGUGCAAGAGACGGCGGCGGCCUCGACCGCGAGGGACGGAGGAUGCCGCGGGGGCGGAGUCCGGCCGGCCGAGGACGGCGCCCGCGGAGGAGCGGAGUCGGCGGCGCCGGCCCAAACACCCGGGGACGCCGCCGACUUCCGCGCGUUGUCCGAGAGCCCCCGCCCGCCCUGCUGCUGCGCCCCGGAGGAGGAGGAGGGGGGGGGCCGCGGCGCCGGGGCUCCGUGCCGCUGCAGGCUCCUCCCCCUCGGCUGGCGCGGCGUGGAGGUGUACUCCUUCACCGGGCUCCGCAGCGCCAUGGCCGAGGGCCAGAGGAGCGCGAGCCACAGGACUGUCGCUACCAACAGUAGCGCUGGCUCCUCCUGCCCCUCCUCCUCCUGUUGCUCCUCCUCCUCCUCCUGCUCCUGCUGCUCCUGCUGCUCCUCCUCCUCCCCCCCCCGCUCGUGCUCGGAGCAGGCGCGCUCCUGCGUGGACGACAUCACGAUCGAGGACCUGUCCGGCUACAUGGAGUUCUUCCUCUACAUCCCCAAGAAGAUGUCCCACAUGGCGGAGAUGAUGUACACUUAACAUGUCAUGUUCUGAAAUCAGGAAACAAUAAAGUUUUGUGUUGUUGAAGGAACGGAUCGGCACGAGAGAUUUAAUGUACGACGUGAUCUGAUUGGUUGAAGUGUUCCCCUCUAAUUAUUACACGGACAGAAACACAUCUAGUUACUGUCGUUGGUUUGAUGACGCAUUUCAGUUUCUGUUGGCCAGAGAACUGGAGGAGGAGGAGAAGGUCGGUCUGCCCCGAGCGUCGACUGUCAGGCUUCAUUUCUUUCAAUAAAGAAACUUUGAGCUCAAAUGAACGGCUUUUGUUUCUGAGCGUGUUGAAGCUGCAUUCUCUCUCCUGACCACCAGGGGGCGCCUCUGGUUGUAUAGAAGUAUAUGCUUCAUGUGUUAAAGCUGCCUUCUCUCUCCUGGCCACCAGGGGGCGACUCCUCUGGUUGUAUAGAAGUCUAUGCUUCAUGUGUUAGAGCUGCAUUCUCUCUCCUGACCACCAGGGGGCUCCUCUGGUUAUAUAGAAGUCUAUGUUUCAUGUGUUAAAGCUGCAUUCUCUCUCCUGACCACCAGGGGGCGACUCCUCUGGUUGUAUAGAAGUCUAUGUUUCAUGUGUUAAAGCUGCAUUCUCUCUCCUGACCACCAGGGGGCGACUCCUCUGGUUGUAUAGAAGUCUAUGCUUCAUGUGUUAAAGCUGCAUUCUCUCUCCUGGCCACCAGGGGGCGACUCCUCUGGUUGUAUAGAAGUCUAUGCUUCAUGUGUUAGAGCUGCAUUCUCUCUCCUGACCACCAGGGGCGACUCCUCACAUGAGGACUGGCUGAAGGUGAAUGAUAACCUCGUGGUGCGUUCAGGCUCUGCUCUGUUGAUCUGAAGCUGUUUACUAAACUUCAUGAACACUAAUAAUAAUAAUUAAUGUUUUAAUGUGUUUUAAGGAAGAAAACAUCAAAAACUUUAAUAAAGUAAAUUUAAUAUUUUAA